UUUCAGAAAUAUACAGUAAAUUCUCAAUUUUGAUAACUAGAUCUCAGUAUGGUGACGUUGUGUAGACGAUAUUCCCUAAUCUUUCUUUGUGCUGUGCUGACUUGGAAUUUGUGUGACAGCAGCGAGCUGACGAAGGAUGAAGUGGACAAAGUUAUAGAAGAUGACCUGACGCAGAAACUGAGCGAAGACUUGCUGCAGAGCAUCGAGAGGAAAUUCCAAGUGGACUUACAAAGAUCUGUUGACAUCGUGCUGAUGAAGAUCAGAUUGUUGCUGCAGAACGGCACCGCGCACAUUCAGGACAGCCUAGCGGAGUUGCAGAGUAUGCUCGACCUGAUGAGGCAGCAUGCGGGGGAACAGCAGGUAGAUACGUGCUUGAAAGAGAAGCAGAACGAGACAACAGCGCUGGCAGAGAAGGCACUGCACCAGAUGGUGGUAUGCGGGUACGCGCUGAUUGGGCAAGAUCCUAGCCAGGCGGUUAGUCGGGUUGUUGACCUCAAGAACAUGAUCCGGCAAGGCGUCAAGCCGAUUCACGCCAAAAAAUCAGAAAUUGACCAACUUCUUAAAGUAUGCGGCCAUGACCACGACUCUUUGAAAAAUGUCAUCAAGUGUGUUAUUUCUAAGUCUCCAAUUAUAAAAGUUUCCAUGAUGGAAAUAACAGGAAAGCUGAUUGAAGGUGUAGUAGAGCUGACUAAACUGAUGGCUCACGGCGCUAUGCAUGAAGCAUGCCUUAUAGAAGUUGUUAAAACUCUAGAAGAUGAAGCAUUCGAUGUUAUAACAAAAGUAAAAUUUUGUGCAUACGGUAACUCUACCUAUUUUGAUAACGUCAAAAAUUAUAUAGCUGAAAAUAAUGCAACAGUACUGGAUGUUGAAAAGAAAAUACCUGAAGAUUUGAUAGAAUACAAUAAUAUCAGCAAUACGUCAGAAAUGAAAGAGUUGCUCCGGAGAAUGGUGCAGGAAAGUAAAAAUAAAGAAAUUGAUGAAAAAUUGAAAGAAAAGUUUUUAAAGCUGCAAAAUAAAUUUGAUGAAACAAAUGAUAUUACUGCCAAAUUGUAAAUAAAGUACU